AUGGGGCGCUACACGGGCAAGACGUGCCGGCUGAUCUUCAUGCUAGUAAUGACGUCGAGCUUCUUCGUGACUGAGCUGGUGUCGGGCUACCUGGGCAACUCGAUCGCGCUUGUCUCCGACUCCUUCGCCAUGCUCUCCGACGUGCUGGCUCUGUGCGUGGGCAUCGUCACAGGACGCCUGUCUCACCGACGCACACGCCGUCCCAGCGCCUCUUACGGCUCCGGACGGGCCGAGGUGGUGGGCGCCCUUUGCAACACCGUCUUCCUGGUCGCCCUCUAUUUCACCAUCCUGGUGGAAGCCGUGCAGCGCUUGGCGAGGCCGGAGGCCAUCAGCAACGUCACGCUCAUCCUCGUGGUAGGCACGAUCGGCCUGGCCAUCAAUGUCGUGGGACUCCUCAUCUUCCAGGACUGGGCCUGCUGCUGCGGUCGAGGGUCGCAGCCCCCGCCCUAUGUUAGCCCCGAGGACGAGAGCCCAACCCGAACCGUCGGUAGCAGCUCGAUCGCCUUAGAGGGGAUGGUGGAAAUGAAUGGCAGCGCCGCUGAACCCCUCCCGAAAGCAGGUGCCAACCGUGUUUCUUCUUUGAAUGCAGGUGAUUCUGCGGAUACCCAGAAAAAACCUGAAGAGGAUAAGAAACAAAAAACAGAAAAAAAGUCCGAAGCCUUGAACAUAAGAGGUGUUCUUUUGCACGUGAUGGGAGAUGCUCUCGGCUCAGUUAUUGUUGUGGUUGCUGCUUCCAUAUUCUAUAUACUUCCUCUGGAUGAGAACACACCUUGUAACUGGCAGUGUUACAUUGAUCCAAGCCUGACCAUUGUUAUGGUGUUUAUCAUACUGUCUUCAGCCUUUCCACUUAUCAAGGAGACAGCAACCAUUUUGUUGCAAAUGGUCCCCAAAAAUGUGAAUAUGCAAAUAUUGGCAAACAAAUUAUUGGAGGUGCCAGGCGUUAGCAGCAUUCAUGAGCUGCAUGUCUGGGAAUUUAUCAAGGGGAAAAACAUUGCCACACUCCAUGUCAAGUGUCACUCUACUUCUGACUACCCUGUUGCUUCCUACAAAAUGAGGGAGGUGUUCCAUGAAGAAGGGAUCCAUUCAGUAACCAUCCAGCCAGAGUACCUAGACCACAAUUGUCCCAAGGUCCUGUGCAGUACACCAUGUAUCUCCAGAUCCUGUGAUCCUCAGUUGUGCUGCAACCAGCGGGAUGCUCUUCUUUCUCAGAUGAAUGGUUACAGUGAAACAAUAGGCAGCUUUUCUCCAUCACUGAAGAAGGUCUUCCAAAAAAAAGAUGCCAUAGAAAUUCCUGUUGAACCCACAUGGGCAGAAGACAUGGUAAAAAAGAACAGUUGUUCCAAGGACAGUUAUAAAGAAAAAAGAGAAACAAUACCACCAAUAAAUAGCACUCAAUUUUAGACUUUUGGGAUAAAUAUAUUCUAAAUUAUUUUGUCUCAAAAAAACGUUGGGGAGCUUCCUUGUAGAAAGCUUCCUGAGUUGAAAAAGAAGUAG